AUGAAAAGAAAGUUAAUAGUUCCAACGCGUAAUCCUACUUUUAAGAAAAAGAAAAAGAAUGAUAAUGACACAAAUCAAUCUUCAAUAGAGCACUUUUUCAAUAAACGAAAAGAAGCGCCAGUGGCAAAAAAAGAAUUAGUAGUGGCAAAGAAAAAAGUUACAGAAACAAGUGAUACAAUUGUUGAAAUUGUUGAAAAUACUGAAGAUACUACUACUGCUUCUGCAGCAGCUUUACAAACAAAGUUUUUUCUUUCUCAUAAAGAAAUCAAUAACAAUAAUGAUGGUCAGGAAGUAUUAGAAAUUGAACCUGAUGUUCGAAUAAACCCGAUUUCUAUAGAUAUGGAUGUUUUUGAUUUUGAUCCAGCUUUAUAUGAUAGAAGAAAGUUAUUUGAUCGUUAUAAAAAUAACAUUUUAUAUAAAUUUUUAUCCGACUCAUUUUUUCUUAUUGAUCAAGCAAAAAGUAGACUUAAAAUAGUUGAUCUGCUGACAAAUAUGUUACGUGUUAUAAUUUAUCAUGAUCCUGGAAGCGUUUUACCGGCUGUUUUAUUGUGUUCAAAUACCAUUGCAGCACCAUUUGAAGGGCUGGAGCUUGGGAUUGGAAUUGGAUCCCAAAUUUUAUCAAAGUCUAUAUGUUCUAUUUCAGGAAAUACUCCAAAAUCUUUAAAAUCGCUUUAUGAUCGAUAUGGCGAUUGGGGUGAUGUGGCUUAUGCAGCAAAAGGCUCGAUCCAAACAUUAUUGCUUGAACCAAAACCAUUAGUUAUACAGGACGUGUAUAAAACAUUAUUAUCAAUAUCAAAAUUAAAAGGAACAGGUGUAAUAAAUCAAAAGGUAGAAUUGGUGAAAAAACUCUUGAUAUCUUGUAAAGGAGAAGAAAUUAAAUAUCUAACAAGAAACUUGAUACAAAAUCUAAGGAUUGGUGCAGUAAAAACUACUUGUUUGAUAGCACUUGCAAGAGCAUUUUGCCUUACCAAGCCAAAUAAUUUAUCAGAUUUAAAAUACCAAUACCUUGAUGUAGAUCUUAAAAAUGAAUCCAAAGUAUCCAUUAAUAAUAAACUAAAAAUUGCUGAAAGUUUAUUAAAAGAAUGUUAUGCUCAACAUCCAUGCUACAACGGGAUCAUUAAAUGCUUACUAGAGCACCCACUGGAAAAAAUAUUGGAUAUUUGUCAUGUAACCAUUGGUGUUCCUAUCAGGCCAAUGUUAGGUAAAAUAACAAAAGAUUUAUUAUCAUUAUUUGAAAUAUUUAAAGGUAAAGCAUUUAAUUGCGAAUAUAAAUAUGAUGGUCAAAGAGCUCAAAUUCACAUGGGACCAGAUGGUAAAGUACUGAUAUUUAGUAGAAAAUUAGAGAACAUUACAGAUAAAUAUCCUGAUAUUGUUGAAGUUAUACCAAAAAUAUGUUCAAAAGAUGUGGAUUCAUUUAUAUUGGACAGUGAAGUCGUAGCAAUAGACUCAAAAGGAGAAUUACAAAAUUUCCAAACUCUAGCCAAUAGAUCACGUAAAAAUGUCGAUUUAGAAUCUAUCACCGUAUCAGUAUGUAUAUUUGCUUUUGAUUUGAUGCAUCUUAAUGGAAAGUCUCUAUUAAAAUCCUCGUUAAGAGAUAGGCGAGAUUUAUUACAAAAAAAUUUCAUUCAAAUACCAGAGAGAUUUACAUUUGUAAAUCAAAUAGAAUCUUCUGAUCCAGAAGAAAUUCUUGAUUUUUUUAAACAAUCAAAAAGUUUUCCUUGCGAAGGUAUUAUGAUUAAAUUAUUAGACAAUAAUGACAAUAGUGGUGAUGAUGGUGAUAACAAUAGCAGCGAAUGUGGUACAAAUUCAUCGUCAAAAUUAUUGACUGGAGAUUUAAAAAUUAAAAGGACGUUGAACUUAUUAGCAACUUACGAACCAGACAAAAGACUUGAAAGUUGGUUAAAAGUAAAAAAAGAUUAUAUUGAAAAUACAGGUGAUAGCAUUGAUGUAGUGCCAAUUGGAGCAUGGCAUGGUAAUGGACGUAAAGCAGGAUGGUGGAGUCCAAUAUUAUUAGCAAUUUAUAAUAAUAAGACGGAAAAAUUUGAAAGUUUAUGUAAAUGCAUUUCUGGGUUUUCAGAUGAAUUUUAUCGUGAAAUGAAGUCACAUUAUUCAAAAGAGAAUAAUAAUAUUUUAGAAGAUAAGAAAUGGUAUUUUGAUGUUGGUGAAGAAUUGAAACCUGACGUUUGGUUUGAGCCUAGUGAAGUUUGGGAGAUUAAAGGUGCAAUUGUAACUAUAUCUCCUAUAUAUAAAGCAUCAAUUGGUUUAAUUGAUAAUAGUAAAGGAUUAUCACUAAGGUUUCCAAGAUUUGUUAAAGUUAGAGAUGACAAAUCCAUUGAGGAUGCUACAACUAAAUAA